UUCCUGUAAACCUGUUACCUAACGAGGUCAGUGUCACUUAGCCGUUCUCGCCCUCUAACAGGAAUACUGGCCAGGGAUUAAAGCCCAGACCACCAUCUCAAGGAAGACUUUGGGAGCCUCCAAUUGGGAACCCUCCACACUCUCUUCAAGUGACGCACAGCAGCACCAACAGUCGCAAUGAAAAUUCUAAUCCCUUCCCUCCUUCUGUUGCUGCCACUAAUGCUGAUGCCUGUGGUCUCUAGCAGCCCAAAUCCAGGGAUCGCCAGAGGCCAACGGGACGAUCGCCAGGCUCCUAGGACGUGGCCCCACAAAGGCAGCCAAGAAUGUGAUUGCAAAGACUGGUUCCUGAGAGCCCCUAAAAGAAAACUUAUGGCAAUGCCUGAGAUGCCAAAGAAGCAGUGUCCCUGUGAUCAGUUCAAGGCCAGUGUGAAGAAAACCAGGCACCAAAGGCACCACAGGAAGCCAAACAAGCACUGGAGAGCCUGCCAGGAAUUUCUCAAACAAUGUCAGCUAGCAAGCUUUGCACUGCCUUUAUAGGACUCCCUCUCCCAAUGAAGCAUUCUCAGUCAAGAUGGUAGAGAACACCUAGAGGAUGCCCUCCUCCCACUUCCAGCUCCCCUAUCCUGUCCCUACUCCAGCAUUCUCACAAAGCAUUUUCCCCAAGAUUAUUGCUUCUUCUAGUGCCCUCUUCUCUUGUCAGUCUUUUUUCCUGUGCACCUCCUCCCUCCCUUUUCCCAGGCUUAAACUUAAUUACCUAGAAACCCUGGUUUCUUAACUGGUCCCAAAUGACCUUACAUAUAACCAGGCAAGUAGCAAACAGAAAAUAAAUAUUUUUAAAUGUAGUAAGUCAAAAUCCAUUUCUUUCACAUGGGGUCUGGCAACUCAUUUAAUCCCCACUUUAGCCCGUUUACUGCAAACUCUACCCAGACUCUACACACACUUCCCACCACCAGCUUCAUUCUUCCUCUCCACUGCCCAAUUUUUUAUUCUUUUACCGUUUUAACAAACCUUUUUGAGGUAAGAGCUAAGUGGAGAAAAGACAACAGGUAUAGGAACAAAUCUGACAUGAUCUUACUAAAGAUAAUGUAAAUUUAAAAAAACAAAACAAAAAAAACCUGGCACUCUCCCAACACAUAGAAUGCCUAAAUACUAAAUACUAAAGUAUUAAUGAUCCUUCUUAUCAUCAUCAUCAUCAUUAAUGGUCAUUGUACUCUGUGGGUUUCUAAUCUAGUACAGAAAACUCAUAUUCACAACCACAGUUCAAGGCUAGAGAGAUGGUGUGGAAGAUCUCAAAUGCCAUUGAAAAGGCCUUCAUGCU